AUGGCAGACUACGACGACCCAGACCUGCAGCGGGACCUAGACGAUUUUCCUGCGACUUUUCCCAGCGCGGUGAUGGGGUUAGACCGCAUGGAGCCCCUGCGCGGCGAGGGGUUAGGCCAUGGCAGUCCCCAGCGCGGCGAGGGGUUAGACCGCAGUGCCGAAGGCGAGCAGAGGCUUGAGGGGCGGCGCGGUGGUGUGGGGGUCGUGGGGGAGCAGCUCGAUGAGCACCCUAACGCGAACCCCCCGAGCCAGGGGCAGCCACGCGACCGCUCCGCGAAGAGAAAGGGCCCCCAGCGCGGUGAGGGGUUAGACCGCAGUCGACCUCGGCAGGGAGAGAGCGCGAGGCUCGGCGAUCCCCAGCGCGGGGAGCGGUUAGACCGCAGCGGCAGCUCCCAGCGCGGCGAGGGGUUAGGGGUUAGGCCGCAGCGGUGGAUCGGCUUCGAGCUUGGGCAGGGGUUAGGCCGCAGCAGUGGAUCGGUAGCGAGCUCGAGCAGGUUGCCACGGGCGCCGACUGGCGACUACAUCGAGCUGGAGCUGUACGCCGAGUAUGACGACGAGGCAAGGGAGCGGAGAGCGGAUGCCAUAGGCUCCCAGCCGGUGAGCAAAUCCCUGGGGGCCAAACCGAUCGAGCCGCCGUGGAGCAUGGAGGCCGCCUGGAUGACGUCGAAGUGCUGUGGAGCCGCCGUCCCGACGAGCGGAGCGGCCACGACAGCAGCCGGCGCGGGCGAGUCCAGGGCGAGCGCGGCCAUCGACCGGGCGAGGCCCGAGUCGGCCCCCGGCCGAGGACGUGCGGAGUUCUCGGUGCGCCGCGCAGAGGUCUGCGCCCCGCUGGGCGGCUCCUUCGACUCCGCGGGCAACACACACUUCUUCGCGCCGACUUCUUCUUCUGCACCGUUUGUGGCACCGAGUAUCCGAUCAGUGGCGCUGCCUCUCUUCGACCUCGCUCGCGGCCGCGGCAUUCGCGUGGACUGUUUGGUAUCCGACCUCAUUGUAGUCAGACGCGUGAUGACCGUGGCGCUCGCAGGCAGGCCCGUUCGAUGGACGGAACCAUUGCGCAGCCCAGGCUCGACACUCGCUUUGACGCGGGUAUUCUUCAGUGGCCACUUCCCUGUUGGUGCGGUCUCGGCCAUGGACUUUAAAAUGCUCAUCUCCGUCCUCCACAACGCCCAUGUCCCGGCGACGACCCUAUUGGCAUCUGAGGACGUGUCCUCGGACAGUGGGGCCACGUUUUUGGAGGCGACUGGCCCUGCAGCGGCCCUCCCGGUUGUCCCACUCUGCGACGACAUGGCUUCCGUCACCGGUAAGACGCUCACCCUGCGCUCCCUGGCGGCUGGGGAGGUCUGGGAGAAGAAGCUGGAGUACAACCACUACAUGCACGACAAGUUCAACGACGACGGUUGGGGCUGUGCCUACCGCUCGCUGCAGACGUGCGUCAGCUGGUACCGCAUGCAGUUUUACAGUGAGAAGGACGUCCCCGGCAUUGAGGACAUUCAGCGCCUGCUCAAGCGCAUCGACGAAGCGCACAAGGACCUGCAGGUGGGCAGCAAGAAGUGGAUAGGCACGAUCGAGGGCAUGUACCUGCUGCAGGACUACCUCGGCGUGGACUGCAGGAUGGUGCACUGCCAGGAUGCCAGCGACAUGGCGACGCAGGUGCCGAAUCUUCUGCAGCACCUGGAGGCCCAGGGCAGCCCGAUCAUGAUGGGGGUGGGCAACUACGCGUACACGCUCGUCGGCAUAUGUCACUUCCUUGGAGAGGCUGCAUGCACGUGCACUCUUGGAGCUCCGCUCGGAUCUCCUGGAUCUGCGCCGGAACCCCGUGGCGGCGCCUCCAGUGCGACCUCGGGCUCGCCAGGGGAGGGGGUGUAGCGUCCAUCUCGGAAAGCAGAGCGGACCUCCGAAAAUUUACGUUUCUGCGCCGCUGUGAUCGUUGCUCUCAGGGAAUCGGUCAGCUCUGGUCCUCCUCCUCCUCCUCCUCCUCCUAUCGCAGGCGACGAUUGGGGCGAAUAGCCCAGUGGGGAGCAAUACAUGUAUCCAGUGGCGCCGAUGAUCUAUGUCUUCGGCGAGGGUCCCGGGC